CUGACAAUGAAAAACAAGACGCCAAGAAUAUAACCUUAAAAAAUUCAGUUUAUAAAAAAUAUGUGCGUCAAAAAAAAAGUAAUUUAAUCUUUUUUUUUUUUAUUUAAAAAAAAGGCAAAAAUAAUACGUAAUACUAAUUAGAAAGUAGCCAGAAAGUUCAUGUUUCAUAAGCCGAAAAGUGAGCUUGAUGAAAAAUUUGACAUCCGAAGAUUAUAUAUACAAAAAUCAUGAGUAGCUUCAAUAAAACAGUUUCUUAUUUUUAUAAUCCUGAUGUUGGAAAUUUUCAUUAUGGACCAGGUCAUCCAAUGAAACCCCAUAGACUAUCUGUUAUUCACAGUUUAGUGAUUAAUUAUGGAUUACAUAGAAAAAUGCAAACUUAUAGGCCAUAUCGUGCAAAUAGACACGACAUGUGUCGUUUUCAUUCUGAGGAAUAUGUUGAUUUUCUUCAAAGGGUGACACCGCAAAAUAUUCAAGGUUAUACUAAAUACCUCAGUCAAUUUAAUGUAGGAGAUGAUUGUCCCGUUUUUGAUGGACUAUUUGAUUUUUGUUCAAUGUACACUGGAGCAUCACUUGACGGGGCAAUGAAAUUAAAUAAUAAUGUCUGUGAUAUUGCAAUUAAUUGGAGUGGUGGUUUACAUCAUGCAAAAAAAUUUGAAGCUUCAGGAUUUUGUUACAUUAACGAUAUUGUAAUUGCAAUUUUAGAAUUACUUAAAUAUCAUGCUCGUGUAUUGUAUAUUGAUAUUGAUGUUCAUCAUGGAGAUGGUGUACAAGAGGCUUUUUAUAUGACCGAUCGAGUUAUGACCGUGUCUUUUCAUAAAUAUGGAAAUUAUUUUUUCCCCGGAACGGGCGAUAUGUAUGAAAUUGGUUCUGAAAGUGGAAAAUAUUAUUCGGUGAAUGUUCCAUUGAGAGAGGGCAUUGAUGAUGUGUCUUAUGUUCAGGUAUUUAAACCUUGUAUAUCACACGUGAUGGAAUAUUUUCGACCAUCAGCAAUUGUAUUACAAUGUGGAGCCGAUUCAUUGGCAAAUGAUAGAUUAGGUUGUUUCAGUUUAAGUACACGAGGACAUGGUGAAUGUGUAAAAUUUGUGAGGGAUUUAAAUGUACCACUUCUUGCUGUCGGCGGUGGUGGUUAUACAUUGCGCAAUGUUGCACGAUGUUGGACCUAUGAGACAUCAUUACUUGUUGAUGAACAAAUAAGCAAUGAGCUUCCUUACACUGAGUACUUAGAGUAUUUCGCACCAGACUUCACAUUGCAUCCAGAAGUGGUGACACGACAGGAGAAUGCCAAUAGUAAACAAUAUUUGGAUUUAAUCGUGAAACACACUUAUGACAAUUUGAAGAUGGUGCAGCAUAGUCCGAGUGUUCAAAUGCAAGAUGUUCCUUGCGAUGCAUUGCCGCCAGAAGAAGAUCGUCAUCCUGAACCAGAUCCCGAUAGUCGACAAAAUCCUCAAGAUCUUGAUAAAAUUGUCGAACCUGCCAAUGAAUAUUAUUCUGGUGAUAGAGAUCAAGAUAAAAUGGAUGUUGGCGAUUCGUAGUUAGAAAUUGUAUUUUUAUUUUUCGACAAACUCAAAAAUUUUUUUUUUUUUUUUUUGAGUAGAAAGACUAAUUAUUUUUGCGCAUGAUUCAUUGUAAUUAUAAAGUCUGAAAAUCAUUCACCUAAAAGCCAAAAGAAAAGUCCUUUUUAAGUAACAUUUGCUGAAAAAAAUGUGAAGUUUUUAACUACUUCCACUAUUAGCAUUUUUUUCUCCUUUUUUUUUAAACAGUAUGUGACCAAUUUUACAGUAAAAAAAAAAAACUUUGUACUAUACACUUUAUAUAUGAUAAUUAGACGAUAAUCGACUAUGAUUAAUUAAAAAUGAUAAUUAGCUUUUUUAAUAACUCAGGUAAUUAAAAGAAUGGAUUAUGCAACGAAAUAUUUUUGUACAAAGCCAUAUGACUUAAAAAUGAAUGUGCAAUUUUGUGAAUUUUUUUUUUCCUGCAGUUUCGAACUUUUUAUAUUGCGUGAUUUUUUUUUUUUUUAAUUUAACAAAGAAGUUUCGUUUCUGUAAAAAAAAGAGGUGUUUUUUAUGAUAAAUUUAAUUACCACUAUUUUAGAUUUACAUUUUUAGUAAUUUACAAAAACAAAAACUUCAUUUUAUAUUAUUUAUUUUUUUGUAAAAAUAUAUUCUGUAUUUAAAAAAAAUAUAGAGUAAUGUUCCGAAUUGUUUAAAAGAAAAAAAAUUUUUUUUUUGAGAGUGCGGAACAUAAUAAUUACCUUGUAUUAUUAAUUUUGUGUAUAAUAAAAAAAAAUCAAGUGGUUUUUGUUUCAAUAA